AUGAACUUAAUAAUCAAAGAAGAGGGUGCUGGAAGAAAAAGUACGGAAGAAAUCGCAGGGAAGGAAUCGAAAAGGAAGGAACCGCAGUGUGGUCAACGUCAGAAUGAAGUAAUAAGCAUGAAAGAUAUGAAAACUAGUACCGGUGAGAAGCUUCACAUUCAUCCGACAUGCAACAAAACCUUCCCUCAUUCAUCAACUUUGAAAGAUCAUAUAAGAACUCAUACUGGUGAGAAGCCAUACGUUUGUCCGAUAUGCAACAACAGUUUCGCUCAAUCACCGAGUAGGAAGAACCAUAUGAGAACUCAUACCGGUGAGAAGCCGUACAUUUGUUGGAUAUGCAACGGCAGUUUCGCUCAAUCAUCAAUUACGGGGAACCCAUAUGAGAAUUCAUACCGCUGA